UGAUAUUUGUCAUAUUUGUAUGUCUAUGUAUAUAUGUUGUGUGCCAUUGAACUGGAACUUGAAAUCACUCUGCUUCCAGGCGGCAUUAGGGCACCUGCCGCAGCUGCUACCACCUGUGAUAGCUGCCCCCAAACAAUGUGGCUAAACUGCCUUUAUACAUUGUGGCUACAAAGGCAGCUGUCAGUCCACAUCAGUGGGAGUUUCUGGUGACACCGGAAGUCCCUAUACGAGCUCCACCUGCCAAGAUUGGAGCUUGCCCACUGAAACGAUGAGCGCAGCCAAGAAAAACCCUUUGAAAGAUGGCGGGGCAGCUCCCUUCGACACCGAGGAGGACUUUCAGUAUGAAUUAGUUUCUCUGGAAGAUAACUGGAGUCUGGCAGAGGGGGAAGAAGAUUUAGAAGCGACGUUGAAAGCCAUUCAAAUCAAAGCAGAAGCCAAAGCUCGGCCCGUCGCUUCCGGCAACACACGCCGACCGGAAGGCGUGGAUGACUUUUUACGCAACUUCCUCCUUCACGCAGGUAUGACCCAAACCCUCGAGUGUUUCCAGAACGAGUGGAACGAGAUGGAGAUGAAGGGGCUGGUGGACGUCGGGCGGGUCGCCGCGGUGCCCGACGUCUACACCGACAACCAGCGGCUGGACACGGAGCUGAAACACGCCCGGCGGGAGAGGGACGAGUACAGGGGAGAGGCCACCGCGUUGGCUCAGGCGCUGGUGACGGCCCAGCGAGCCAGGGACCUCCAGCGGCUGCAGCUCACGCGUCUUAUGCAGGAGAAAACCCGGCUGGUGGCUGACAUGAGGAUGCUCAAGGUUCAGUGUGAAAGUUACGAGCCUGCGUUGCAGAAGAUGAACGAGAAAUACCAGGCGGUUUUAAAGACUUUUCAGAGGGACAAGGUGAAGUCAGCUCAGCACAUGGGGUCAAAGUGACAAAACACCCAGUGACCACAUCUCCACCCCCUGUAGAAGUCCCACUAAGGCCCAACCACUGAACACAUCUAUGUUCUAAUAAAUAAUAAAUACAUGUUAGAUCUCUCGACUGUGUCCAUGUAUGCUGGUCCCUUACAGGUCCAGUGUGUAAGAUGUAGGUGUAAGGGAUAUGUUGGCAAUAAUUGAAAUAUAAAAAAAUCCUAGUGAUGUUUUCACGAUUGUGUUUCAUCCUAAUUGUAUGAAUCUGACCAUUUCUAUUUAAAUACAUUAAAAUCA